AACCAUAAUCUGACAGAAUCCUGGCGGUUCUAUAAAAAUCACCUGACGGGUUCUCCUCCUCCUCUCCGUGGUCUCAGCUGAUUGUUCUUCUUCUCUAACAACUAUUGCAGGUCAGCACAUUGUUUGACGAUGAGGAGGAAGAGUCUUCGGUCUUCCCUCUGAAAAGAGGAGCAGCAGACAUUUCCUGCCCCAUCGACCCCCCCUCCACCCAGGAGGAGAUGGACCAGUCUGCCCACCUCAUGACUCUUGGACUUUGUCGCAUCUCCACCAUCAAAUCUCCUGUGGAAGCCUCCUGUCUGGAGCAGAGGACAGAUGGACAGAGAGAGGCUCCGCCCCUCCGCCACCGCCAGCUGCCAUGUCUCCUCUGUCCCGUGACGCUUCCAUCCAGACGGAUGCUCGGUGUCCACGUCCGUUCCCAUAGAGCGGCCGGUGGCUUUGACUGUCCCAGCUGUGGCUGGACCUCCGACAGCUGGGAGGCGUUGGAGCUUCACUGGAGGAACCACAGUAAGAAGGGGAGGAGGAGGAGUAGGAUGGGAAAGCAACCAAGGAGGAAGGAAGAUCAAGAGCGUUACAAGGUCACGCGAAGGAGGGAGGAGCAUCAGGGAAAGCAGAGGAGCUGUUGGAAGAACAGAAGGAGUGCUGCGCCAGGAAGCCCAAUCAGCACAUCCACAGACAGAUGGAGGUCCCAGCCAAUUGAACAGACAGAAACAAAGAAGGCAGGGCUUCCUGACAGGAGUUCUGUUCCCAGUCAGACCAGUUUACUCCAAAGUGGUUCAUCACAGAAUGACUCAGGAAACAAGAAAACGGAGGAGCAGAAAUGUGAUGGCGAGCAGAUUAGUCUUACUUGCUCACUGUGCCACAGAAAGUUUUCAUCUAAGCUCACACUGAAACGUCACCUGGGUGUCCACAGAGCUGAAAAACCUUUUAUCUGUCCCCACUGUCCAUACAGCAGCAGACUGAAGGCGUCACUGAUGCAACAUCUGAGAACUCACACAGGUGAGAAACCCUUCAGGUGUUCUGAGUGCCCAUAUGCUUCCAUUGAUCGCAGCUCUCUGCUGAGACACAGCAGGACUCACAGCCAGGAGAAACCGUACAAUUGUCAGCUCUGUAGCUACAGCAGUAUCCAAAAGAAGAGUCUGGACCUUCACGCACGACGUCAUCACACAGGUGAGGUGUUUCCAUGCCAGCAGUGCGAGUACUCCAGUCCAGACCGCCAACUGCUGCUGAAACACAUUCGAAGACGCCAUACCCCCUCCCAGCUCUGAUUGGACUGUGAAGCUGCUAUUGAUGUCACUUAGUGUGCUGGUCACAUGUUUACAUGACAAUAAAAAUAU